CUGGGUCAGUUAAGUCAAAAAGAAAAAAAAAGAUGGGGGAGGAAUAGAAAGCAGAUAGGCACAGAAGAUAGGAGGGGUUAAAGACCAAACAUAACGCGUUUACUCUGUCAUAUUUCACAGUGCAUUAUUUUUGGGUCCGUGAAUUUCUCAAGCGAUUAUUGGGUCACAACUCGCAGUCAAGUCACAACUGAAACCAAACCCAGAAAACAAGAACCUCAAAUGAGCAUCGGCAAUUCACAUUUCAGGACAAACAUCGACAGAUAACAGCGGGGGAACAACAUGGUGUAAGUGUUACGCUGUUAAUCGAGUAAAUUUCGCCCUAUUUGCAAGCGUUUAGCGAAAUUUAACAAAAGGAAACGCAGCUGUUUUCGGCUAUUAGGCUAGCGGCAUAUUCAGCCAUAUGUACUGCGACUGUGUUUUUACAUUCACUUGAUUUAUACGUAAACGUGAUGCAUCUGCAGGAAAGUUCAUGUACACCGUUGGUUUGUGUUCUCCAUGAUGGCCGGCUUGCAGAUAACCAGUGACUGUAACAUGAGCACCGGUGGAGAAUGACAUCUCAUCUCAGCAGUUGUUACUGAAAGCCAGAGAAAAUGAACAGGGUGAACGGAUACGUGAUCAUUUAUUUAGUGUCCGUGAUUAGUUUCUGUACGGCAGGGCCUUUGAACAUCUCGACGGUGGAUGGAGAUGUAAGAGAGAAUGGGACGGAGGCAGAUGGUGACGGCUCGGUUCCCGUGGUGCUCACCAAAAUAAACCAGAUAAUCGCCCGGGAGGGAAACUGUGCUUUAAUUGACUGUAAUAUCACCGGCGAUCCUUUUCCAAAUGUCCAGUGGUUCAACUCGCACGGACACCUGCUUGACACAAAGACGAGUGAUGGUAAAUGGUGGAUUCUGGACAAUGGCAACCUCAACAUCACCAGCAUCACAUUUGCAGACCGUGGCAAAUACACUUGCGUGGCCUCCAAUGCGCACGGCAAGGCCAACUGCACAGUGACGCUGCGCGUGGUCUUUACCAAUGGAGAUAUGGGUGUGUACUAUAUGGUGGUGUGUCUGGUGACGUUCACCAUCAUAAUGAUUCUGAACAUCACUCGCCUCUGCAUGAUGAGCAGCCAUCUGAAGAAAACCGAGAAGGCCAUCAAUGAGUUUUUCCGCACAGAAGGUGCAGAAAAGCUUCAAAAGGCCUUUGAGAUCGCAAAGCGUAUUCCUAUCAUUACCUCAGCAAAAACGCUGGAGCUGGCCAAGGUCACGCAGUUCAAGACCAUGGAGUUUGCGCGCUACAUAGAGGAGUUGGCGCGUAGCAUACCGCUCCCGCCACUGAUCAUGAACUGCCGCACCUUCAUGGAGGAGAUUCUCGAGGUCGUUGGCGUGGAGGAAAUGAGACACACUUUUGUCCGGCAAGCACCCGAGAGUCACGAAGGCCCUGGCGGUGCGGCUGCCGGCACUUCCAGCGACGUUUUCACAGUCUUGCGCGAGAGAGAGCGGGCGAGGGAGAGGGAACGCAGCGAGUCUCCUGCUGCGGACUCGGAUGACGCGUCGCUUCACGAGCAGCCUCAACACAUGGCUAUUCAGGUUUCAAUUCAUCCACCAUUAGCCGCAGCAGGAUGCUGUAACAUGGAAGCUCCGCCUCUUUCUGAAGUAGUCUCCUCUCCACCCCCAUUGGCUCAGCUGCCGUUGGAGGUGGAGUCCGAUGAAAAAGAAAUUGAGGAGGAGUCUGUACAAGAGGCCGGUGUUACGCAGAAUACCCAAGUCAUUUAUGAAAGCCAUGUGUAAUAUCCUAAAUGAAUUAUAAUGACCUCGCUAUGCAUUUUCUUGGGGGAAAAAAAAAGGUCAAGAUUUGAUUUUCUUUUCAGAAGUUGCUUUCUAUUAGUCGUCUUAAAAAUGAUAAACAGCUGCAUUUGUGUUUGUGUGAAUCUC